CCACAGUCGCUGCGCUGACGGAUCUCAAGCAGCGGCAGCAGCUGUAUUGUAGCUACAGUCAAUUUCUUCAUAAACCAUGGAGACAUUAUACAGUAUACCGUUCACUGUGCUGGAAUGCCCAAAUAUAAAACUGAAGAAACCUUCGUGGGUGCAUAUGCCGUCGGCUAUGACUGUGUAUGCGGUCGUUAUCGUGUCCUACUUUCUCAUCACAGGAGGUAUCAUCUACGAUGUUAUUGUAGAGCCACCGAGUGUGGGUUCAAUGACUGAUGAGCACGGACACCAGCGGCCAGUGGCCUUUUUGGCUUACAGAGUAAACGGCCAGUACAUUAUGGAAGGACUGGCUUCUAGUUUCCUCUUCACGAUGGGAGGCCUGGGCUUUAUCAUCCUGGACCGCUCCAACGCGCCAAACAUUCCCAAACUCAACCGCUUCCUGCUGCUCUUCAUCGGUUUUGUCAGCGUUCUCCUCAGCUUCUUCAUGGCCAGAGUGUUCAUGCGCAUGAAGCUGCCAGGAUAUCUUAUGGGCUAAAGACAAAAACACAGAACACCUAAAAUUGGAUGGACGGAGGACAUCAAAUGCAUCGGGGCCCAUUUAAAAUUAUGGAUAAAUGCAACCUUUUGAUAUAAUCAACAAACAUUGAGGACUGAAAGCACUGACGUUGCUAAAGAUAUUAGACCUGGCUGCACUGACAGGCUCGCACUAGCUCUGUCUCCAUGGUGUUCAAUGACUUCCUUUCCUCUCCUUCUCCAAACUUUCAACAUAGUGAUGCAGCAGAAGAUAAAAUGCAUCACUGUUAAAGGCACAUCACUAUGACCAGUUUCGUCAGGUCUCUCUCAGUAUAGUGCAUCUGUGGCAAACUUACUUACUUUUUACUUCAACAAGCUGUAACUAAAUACAGGUGAAACUUCGCUCAGCCACAGGAGAGUAAAAAGGGAAGAAAGUUAUUGAACACUGUUGGCAUAGAAAUACAGAAAUGGAAUCAAAAUUAGCACUGUGUGAACAAUUAAGAAGAGGGUCUGAAUAAUGUUUAAGUUGUAUGUUUUUGUAAAGAAGUUGUUGAAAAAAAGCCUUGAACUUGUCACAGUUGCAUUUUUGUACAAGGAUGUGAAAUAAAUCUUUUCAGAGUU